GGCUGACUCACGACAGAGGCGGGGCUUGUGCUAGGGAUCGUCUUAAAAUUUAAAACUCUUCGGACCUUGAAUCGUAGACGGAAAAAGAAGCUCUGAGCAGUAGCAGAUCGAGACAGAAACAGAACAGUGCUGUGCACGUUAGCCAGUCAGAAAACAAGUCGGGAACACUUUCAAGAUGAGUAGUCGUAGGAAGCGCGCCCCUCCGAUCAGGCUCAGCGAUGAAGAAAAGAAACUUCACCGCUGGAAUAUGCAUGAAGAUAGGAGAUUAGAAGACUUUACACUAGAGGAGGAAAAUCCUGGAACUAGCACGUCAUUCUCAAUUCAUGAUGUCAAACAUGCUAAGUUGGAGCAAAAACUGAUUUCUGAAUCUGUUAUGGAACCUUUGAACCUUCCCUGUCAAAUUGAAUCGGACAUAACACCAACUUUGGUGCCUUUGUCUGUCCAUUUUAGCAUGUUAAUUUCUCCUGUUUCUACAGAGGAAUGCUGGAAAGCCUUGCUUGGUGUGUUCAGCCUAUAUCUUUCAUCUGGGCAGAAUGCUCAUAGUAUAUUGCAGGGACAAAGCUUCACUUUAACUAAAGAGAAACCCUGCUCUUCUCAGCUGCUGAUGUGCAUCCAUGACAAAGAUGAGGAAAUAGAUGAAGGAGCAAAUUUCAGCAGUUCUGUAGAGAUGCUCCAGGUGAAAACAUUGCUUUGUGAUGAUCUGCUGGAAGACUUAAGAUGGCUGCAAAAGAAGAAAAUGAUUGCACUUUAUCACAGACCAGCAAAGUCUAAAGCUAUUGAGGUUGAAAUCUACCUGCUGGAAGCUUGCUUGUCAAAACCUGAAUUUUUGAGUCAAGGAAAUGGAAGGAUGAGAAAAGCUUGCAUUCUCAUGCAAAGACUGAUGGAAAAGUUUUACAACUUUCCUAUUCCAGAUGUCAUUGAUGACAAUGAGGAGGAGUCUGACAGAGAGCUGGAGAGGCAAAACAUUGAAGAGCUUUACGACUAUGUGAGGCAGAAACACCAACAAGAAGGCAACCUUUUGAAUCAAGAGGUCCAACACCCAGCCUUAAUUCCAGUGCUCAGGCCUUACCAAAAUGAAGCAGUGAACUGGAUGUUACAAAAAGAAAACUUCAUGGAAGUGCCUUCAACUGAAAAUGCUUUGCACCCAUUAUGGCGAGAAGUCUCAACACUGGAAGAAGUUACAAUUUAUUAUAACCCUUUCACUGGUUGUGUUAUUCGAGAACGUCCUGUUGCCGGUCAUGAGUGGCCUGGGGGUAUUUUAGCUGAUGAAAUGGGGCUUGGAAAGACAGUAGAAGUAUUAAGUCUAAUACUCUGUCACCCACGGAAAGAUGUCAAGAAGGAUGUUUUGACAUUACCUGAGGGAAAACUAGUGAAUUAUUUCAUACCGCCUCCACCCAUGAAGUUAGCAAGAAAUAGGAAGGAGAAAGUUGCUGGUUUCAAAUCAAAGGAGAAGAUACAGUUCCCUAGUUUACGUGUAAUGAUAUUGGCAGCAAUAAAAGAAAUUAGUGUGAAAAAGGGAGCUUCCAUAAUUGCCAUCUUUAAGUAUAUUAAUACCAUCUACAGAUAUGAUGUUCAGAGGAACCGAAGACUUCUUAAAAGGACCCUAGAAAAACUAAUCUCAGAGAAAAUAGUAGAGCAGGUGAAAGGACACGGCCUUGCAGGAUCAUUCAAACUUGGGAAAAAUUACAAGGAAGGCAAAAUCCAAGACAAAUCACAAAAACUGAAAACGAAAUCUUCUAAAAGGUUACAGCCUAAUCUAUCAGAACUUAGGGAUCAUCAACAAGAACAGACUGAGAUGGGCAAUUGCAUCCGUGUUGCUGCAAAAGAUCACGACUAUUGUACACAACAUAAGGAGAGCGUUUCUGAAAGUGAACUGAAAGACAAGGGUGAAGUUAAGGAGAGAAAUGUACCUGAAGAAAACGCACAAAUACUAGAUAAUUCAGCUGCCAGCAGAACAUUUUGUGAAAAUACAAAUAAUGAUUGUACUAAUACAGAAACUAAGCAUGAAAACAACUACAUGGAUUGUCCCCAUUCUCAGGAGCCUACCUGUCAGACUGGUGCUGUUUUUCCUUUCAAUACUGCAGAUUACCGAUUUGAGUGUAUAUGUGGUGAAUUAGGCCUCUACGAUUACAAAGCCCGCGUGCAGUGCCUUCAGUGCCAUCUAUGGCAACAUGCAGAGUGUGUAAACUAUAAGCAAGAAAACUUGGGGGUCACACCUUUCUACUGUCCACAUUGCCUGGUUGCCAUGAAGCCAGUUCCGACUGGAGCAACUCUUAUCAUUUCUCCCAGUUCCAUAUGUCACCAGUGGGUAGAUGAAAUCAACCGCCAUGUACAGUCAUCCUCACUUCACAUUAUGGUAUACCAGGGGGUAAAAAAACACGGCUUUCUGCAACCUCAAAUGUUAGCAGAACAAGAUGUGGUUAUAACUACCUAUGAUGUACUGCGGUCUGAACUAAAUUACGUAGAUAUUCCACACAGUAACAGCGAAGAUGGAAGGAAGUUUCGGAAUCAGAAGCGUUACAUGGCUGUACCAAGUCCUCUGGUUGCUGUUGAGUGGUGGCGAAUAUGUCUAGAUGAAGCCCAAAUGGUUGAGUGCACAACAGCAAAGGCGGCAGAAAUGGCCUUGCGUCUUACUGGGAUCAACAGAUGGUGUGUAAGUGGCACUCCAGUACAACGUGGUCUUGAAGAUUUAUUUGGAUUAGUUUUAUUUCUUGGAGUUGAUCCUUAUUGGGUCAAACACUGGUGGGAUCAACUUCUAUAUAAACCCUAUUGCAGGAAGGAUCCCUUUCCAUUAUAUAAAUUUAUAUCCAAAAUAAUGUGGAGGUCUGCAAAAAAGGAUGUCCUUGACCAGAUUCAGAUCCCACCACAAACUGAGGAUGUGCAUUGGCUUCAUUUUUCCCCUGUAGAGAGGCAUUUUUAUCAUCGACAACAUGAAGUUUGCUGCCAGGAUGCACUGGCAAAACUGCGUAAAAUCACAGACUGGUCUCUCAAACUAAGCAGCUUAGACAGGAGAACUGUAUCCUCCAUUCUUUAUCCUCUGCUACGACUGAGGCAGGCUUGUUGUCAUCCACAAGCUGUAAGAGGUGAAUUUCUGCCUUUGCAGAAAAGCACAAUGACCAUGGAGGAGCUGCUGACCUCACUACAGAAAAAAUGUCGCACAGAAUGUGAAGAGGCCCAUCGCCAGCUUGUUUGUGCUCUUAAUGGUCUAGCUGGGAUUCACAUUAUUAAAGGUGAAUAUCCCGAGGCAACAGAAUUAUAUAGGGAAGUAUUGAGAUCAUCAGAAGAGCACAAGGAAAAACUUAAAACUGACUCUUUGCAGAGGCUUCAUUCUACACAUAACCUGAUGGAACUUCUUGCUGCAAAACAUCCUGGAAUCCCUCCAACCUUACGUGAUGACAAACUAGCAGAUGAGACGAAACAACUUAAAGAACAUUACAUGAGUAAAUCAAAUGCAGAAGUGUCUGAAGGUCACCAAGCACUACAACCUGUUUUGCAGUCAAUACGUGAGCUGCAAAGAAAGAUACAUUUCUCCUCUCCUUGGUGGCUUGACGUCAUCCAGUGUGCAGUACAGUAUGCUAUUGAUGAGGAACUUGUUCAGCGUGUACAGAAUGAACUCACCAGCAUCUAUAAGCACCAGACAAACAAACUCUCCAUGGCAGACAAGUUCAGGGAUUGCAGAGGCCUUCAGUAUAUAGUUACAACACAGAUGGAAGAGUUGAAGAAAUGCCAAAAGCUUGUCAGAGAUGCUGUAAAGAAUCUGGAAGGUCCUCCAUCCCAAGAGGUUAUUCAGGCUUCCACCAUCUGCCAUCUUCGACCAGCCCGUCUUCCUCUUAAUAACUGUGUUUUCUGCAAAGCUGAUGAAUUAUUCACAGAGUAUGAGUCAAAGCUGUUCGCCCACACUGUGAAAGGCCAAACAGCUAUAUUUGAGGAGAUGAUUGAAGAGGAAGAAGGCCUUGUGGAUGACCGACUUCCUACAACCAGCCGUGGUCUGUGGGCUGCUAGUGAGCUGGAACGAUCCCUAAAAGCUGUUUUGUCAUUUGCACGGACACACCGCAUGGAUGGAAAGGUGAUAGAUGAAGGAGCCAUCUUUAUGGAGCUAUUUGAUUCUUGGAAAAAGGAAUAUAAGUUACUUCAUGAGUAUUGGAUGGUUCUGAGAGACCAUGUUUCUGCAAUUGAUGAGCUGGCUAUGGCUACAGAGCGACUAAGAGUUCGGCUACCAGAUGAACCAAAGCCAAGUCCUCCUGUCCUUCACAUCAUUGAACCUCAUGAGGUGGAGCAAAAUCGUGUGAAGCUUCUCAAUGAUAAAGCAGUUGCCAAAUCACAAUUACAAAAGAAACUGGGACAGCUUUUAUAUCUUACAAAUUUAGAAAAGUCUCAGGACAAAACUUCAGGUGGCAUUAACCCAGAACCUUGUCCAAUAUGCGCUCGACAUCUAGGGAAGCAGUGGGCUGUGUUGACUUGUGGCCAUUGCUUCUGUAAUGAAUGCGUAGCGAUCAUAGUUGACCAGUACAGUGUUGGCACCCGAAGGAGUGCUAUUAAAUGUGCAAUCUGUAGACAAACAACGUCACACAAAGAGAUCUCCUAUGUCUUUACGAGUGAGGGUGGAAACCAGGAGCAAGACAUCCCUGUUAAGGGAAGCCAUUCUACCAAAGUAGAAGCUGUGGUCAGGACACUGCUGAAAAUACAAAUUCAAGAUCCAGGAGCCAAAUCUUUGGUUUUCUCCACAUGGCAAGAUGUAUUGGAUAUCAUUGCAAAGGCUCUACAGGACAAUAGCUUGGUAUUUUCACAAAUCAAUGGCAUCCAUAAAUUUCAGGAAAAUCUUUCAGCAUUUAAAUAUGAUCCCAAAAUCAACAUUUUGCUGCUUCCCCUGCACACAGGCUCCAAUGGACUCAACAUAAUAGAGGCUACUCAUGUGUUACUCGUGGAGCCGAUUCUAAACCCUGCACAUGAACUUCAGGCCAUUGGGAGAGUUCACAGAAUUGGACAGACCAAAUCUACAAUUGUUCACCGAUUCCUAAUAAAGGCAACAAUUGAAGAUAGGAUGCAGGCAAUGCUAAAGACUGCUGACAGAAGUCAUACAAGCACAUCAAUGAAGCAGUCUGAAACAUCUGCCCUAACUGUGGCUGACCUUGCCGACUUAUUUACAGAAGAGCGAGACGAGCUGGAGUAAAGCACCAUUCAAAUUGUCAAGUUCAAAACAUUCCAAGCUCCAUGAGCAUUGAUUAAUAAAUCCUCCUAAUGCUUCAUUACAAACCCACAGAUCUAAUAUACAGCAGGUGUACCUUUGCAUGCUGAACAACAUUCCUUUUUGUGUGUCAUGGUGAAAUAUUGUGCAAGCAGUUCAUAAAUUCUUCCACGUCACAUUAUUGAACCCUAAAUAUGAUGUAUGAACCAGUAAGUCAUAGGUUGAAGCUUAGCUAUUGCCUUUAAAUACCUUAAAGGGUAAAAGUCAACUAGCGCAGCCUUCACUGAAUGAACAAACAGCAAAAAUGGAGGUUAAAGGUUCCCAAAUAAGUAUUAAAUGUGCCUAUUGAAUAGGUCAAAGAGGUUUCAAAGCCUUCUCUACCUCAUUCCAUAGCUUGAUUAUAGCCCACUUGCCCCUAUGUGAAAAUGUUCCCUGUCUUCCGCAUAUCAAUAAGUCAGUUUUGCUUUUGUAUGCAUUAGGCUUUCAGCAAGUCACCUUUCAAAAGGUAAAGCAGGUUUAGCAGCAGGUGACUAAACAAAAUUAUGCUAGUGCACAUGUAGUUUGAUCACAAUAGGUUUUUUAAGAACAGUGAGUCCUUCUAUUAUUUGCUUACUGAGAUUUAAGGAUUAGAAUUAGCAUAUUGAAGUAGGCCUGUCCGCUUGAGCAUUUAAUAUUGCACACUUAAUAGCACACAAAUCCUUGAGUAUGACACCCAGUGACAAGUGUCCCUUCUUAGGAAGUGACCGAUGUGAUGUUGGACUAGUUAUCAGCUGCAUUUUGGAGGUUUCAGGGUGCCUAUUCAUUGCAAAAGUGAGAAGCAAUAGCAACAUGGAGGUAUAUUUUUGUUCAGUUUGGUUUUUCAACUUCUCUUUAACUAAAUUGACUAAUGGGUUAUGACACAUAGAACCCUAAGCAUUCUUUUUAUCAACAUACUGUACAUUAUGAUUGUAAGCGGCCAUAUUGUUUGUGUCGAUAUAGAGCUUGAGCAACAUCAGCAUGUAUCACUAAGCACUAAAAAGCAUGUUCCUUUGCAACUUCCAGAGAAUUCCUUGACAGCAGUGAUCAAUGUGAUAGUGACCUCCAUAUAAUUGUAAAGCUGCAGAAAAUCAUUUUUGGCCAUAGUGGCUACAUUCUUUACACUAUGUUUAAGAGGAAAUAAUUGAAACAUCAGACCUAUGUGUAAGUACAUUUUACAUAAUUUUCUUCUUUGGCUAGUUGUUAGUUGUUGGAAAUGUCCAGGCACUGUUUAAUAUAAUUAAGAAAUCCCAUCUGCACUUGUAUUACCUCUAAUAUAUAGCUUUAUUUAGGCCAGACAAUUUGUUUUUUUCUGCAGCAACCCACACAUUAUUCACUAGUAAAUACAGUAUGUUCCUGCUUUCAGCACAGCUCAUCAGUGCUUUUGAUAUACUGUAGAGAGGCUAAAUUGAGAUUUUAUCAAAUGUUCAGCCAGCAUAUCAGUUUUUAGAAACUUUGUUUUAUUAUUGGUUUUACCUAAAUCUAGUUCCAUUGCAACAGAUAGAUGUUGCGCAGGUCUUAACUCCCCCUCUGGGGAAUAAUAGAAUAUUAAGCUUUUUUUAAGAGAAGCAUUGUUUUAGUUCAGCUAUAUUUAAGUAGUAACAAUGAUCAAAAUAAUGUAUGUAUUGGUAUUUUUCAAGGAUUUUAUACUAAUGUAGUUUUAUUAAUUGUAUCCUUCCAUAUGCCACAAAACAUAAAAUUUCUGGUGCCAGUAGCCAUUACCAUCUGAAUAUGCUGAUGAAAAAGGGAAUUGCUCUCUGCAUAACCAUGGGGCACAGUUAUGGGAAAAAUUGAAUGACUAAUAAACCUGGUUUGUGAUAGACUUUAUUCUUACAUAACAACUUGGUUAUACUAAGUAAAACAUGUUGAAUUUGUGGUAAACUGCCAGUCUUUUUCAUAGUCUAUAAAUAACAUUCCAUUAUGAGUCAGGUAUUGUGAAUGACUGGGUUUAUAGCAACAGCAAAUAUAUUAGACUGAAGAACUAAUGAACAAUUUAAUAUCUCAAAACUGUUAAAAUAAAAAAUAUUCACACCCUU